AUGUUUGAAUGCUUAGCAGAUAUAAAUAGUGAACCUAUAAUUCCUCCUACAAGUAAUGUAACAAAAAAAACCUCCCAAAAUAUACAAAAUUUAUGCCUAAACAUUAGACAUGAUGUUGCUAGUACUAGUUAUAAAAGUUUACAAGAUAUAAAUAAUGAACCCAUAAUUUCUCCUACAAGUAAUGCUAAUAAUAAAACAAAAAAAUCUCGCCGAAAUAAAUGGAAAAAUAAUAUUGCUAGGACUAGUUAUAAAAGUUUACAAGAAAUGAUGAUGUUUGAAUGGUUGGCAGAUAUAAAUAGUGAACCAAUAAUUCCUCCUACAAGCAAUGCUAAUAAUAAAACAAAAAAAUCUUGCCGAAAUAAACAGAAAAAUAAUAUUGCUAGAACUAGCUACAAAAGUUCACAAGAUUCUAGUAAUGAUAAUAAUGAUAAAGGAAAAGGCAUGAAAAAGUUCAAAAAGGUUGAUGAUAAUGAUGAGACUGAAGUAAUGUUUAAUAUUAAAGAAAAAGAUCGAG